AUGCCUUCAGCAGCUACCCCCGCCAUUUCAAAGGCUGGCAUCACAACAUCAGCCACCGGUGAACGUCAUAUUCCGUCCUCUGUUCGUCCAGAUGGCUCCAUACGCAAAGAAAUCCGGGUUCGCCCAGGCUACCGCCCACCCGAGGAUGUUGAACUUUACAAGAACCGUACUGCUGAGGGAUUUCGAAACCGAGGCAAGAGCGGCGUGCCAGGUGCUGAGACCAUCACCAAGGAGGAUGAGACCAAUAAAAUGAGCCCUGCUGCAAAUAAGAAUGCCAAGCGCAGGGAAGCCAGGAAGAAAGCAGCAGCUUCUGCAAGCGACAGCAAGGAAGAGCCGAAGCCUGGUUCUACCGAGAACAAGGACAAGGACGAGGCGAACCCGGAGCCUGGGAAAGUCUUUGAUCCAGAAGCCGAGAAAGAGAAGGAAGCCAAGAAGCUUGCUAAGAAGUUGAGACAGGCUCGCGAGCUCAAAGAUAAGAAGGAGAAGGGCGACAAAUUGCUUCCGGAGCAAUUUGAGAAGGUCAUCAAGAUCAACGAGCUAAUCCGCCAAUUGGACACUCUUGGGUUCGACCCACAGGGAGAGAGGAAGAAGAGCGAGACUUGA